ACCGGAGAGGGAGAGCUCCCCAAAUGGGUGAUGGAUUCUAGUGUUCGUGAGAGCAUUCGCUAUAUGCAGGAAGCAAAUAAUUGCCGGUCUGAGAUACGCAGACUCACUGCAGAGCAUGCUAACCUCCAACACUGGUUGGCUCAUGAGCAUGCUGCA